UGACAAACCAAUCACUAUAUAGCAAGUGAACAGCACGGAAUUUGCGAUUUUCGAAGUUUCUAGUCCAGUGCCAACAACAAUGCAUGCUCUCAGCGUUGUCCUCGUGCUUUCGUUUGUAACGGCCAAUUUAGGCUUGGAAAACUGCCCCUUGCCGGAGAAUGGGUGCUUAAAAAUACAAAUGGGUGUGCAAGAAGGAAAGCAUUCCACUGAUUGUUUCUGCCAAUCGCUCAACAAGGCUAUUACUCUGGAGGGCACCUAUUUUGGCCAACGCCAUCACUUUGACCUCUUCGACCCUACCAAUGGCGAGCCAAUUUGUCCACCUCCAAUCAAGGAUGAGCUGGAAAGCGAGCGCCUGAGGAUGCUCAACCAUUCGAUGAUGACAGAAAUGCACAAAGCCGAAAAGACCUAUCUUCCGAAAGGCGCCAUCAUCACCUUCGUGGCCGCGACCUACGACGCGGUCCUCUUCAGCGUUUUGGUUGCCAAAUACAUCAAGCUGCGGAACAAGAAACAAGUCGCCGCGCCUGCAGUAUCCUUCGCAACUGUCAAGUGCGAGUUGAAAAGGGAAAACAGCAUCAUGAGGAAGCCCGCCUACGUGUCCAUCAACCACCAACAGCCUCCGUCUGCUCCUAAACAGACCCCUUCCGCUGUAAAUAAUGACGAAUAUGAGAUUCCUUCCAAGAUCACUAUUCCAGCACUUCCACCUCCAAACAAGGGAUUUUAACCGAAGGAAAAUAUUUCAAUAUUUUGGCUUAUGACAUUUUAAUCACAUAUUUUCAUAAUUUUUAUGAUUUUUUGUGGCAAUGUUCACAAUUAGAAUUUUAUUUUAAUAUAUUUCUUAAGUAUAAAAAUGUGAAAUUGAAAAUUUUCGUAAUAAAAAUUUAAUUUGCACGAAUUCCCUGGCAAACGCUAUCUAUCCUAUUUUAAAAUUUUGCUGUUCAACCUAACUGCUUGAGACAGAAAUUAUUGAGUCACACAUAUUACGCUAUUUCGAUCUGUAAUCAGUUGUGCUAAAUUUAAUAUUUUUAACCAAAAUCCCCACCUAUGUAUAGUCAAUAAAAGAUCAGGAACCAAAAACUCAA